AUGGUUUUAUAUGCUUUUAUUAAAUUCUUAUUCAUCAAAAUGGCCUUUAGACUUAAAUAUCUCUUGACUUUAAAAGUUUCAUAGAUUAAUAAGAACAGUAAAAUGAUUAUUUUAUAUCUAUAGUAUAUUUAAUUUAUGGUAAAGGUGAUUUUUAUGUUUUGAUUUCUAUAGUUUUUGAUAAGAAGUUAAGAUUUAUGGUCAUUUAAAUAGAACACAAUGGGAAUGAAGUUAUCUCAAGUUUAUGA